CGAGCUGCGCAAAUAGUUCGGUUACCAGCGCCGCACAGUUGUACCGCACUGCGUCGCGCCAGCUCCACGGUGGGCAGUGGUACGUCGCUGACGGAUGCGGCAGGUUCUAGUAACAAGGUGGCCGAGGCGCGUUCCCCGACGGCCCGUUCGAGCGGCACCAGCAGCACGACGGUUAGCUCGAGCGGGUUCAGCAGCACAGCUUUCAUGUCCGCAGCUUGACUCCCAGUGCUCGUCUCUAUCACAGUACGUCUCGGAUGACCAACAGAGCGACCUCGAGCUGCAUGGUCACGACCAGUACGGUCUCGGACAGUGCAAAUCUCACGGCCACCUCCACGGCGAGCUCCACGUCGGCAUCGUGUUCUAGCACGGGCGUUGUCGAGUCGGUCAGCGCAACCUCGAGCAGUGCGACUUUGUGUGCGACGCAGUCGAGCAGCCCCGUCCGGCCAGCACAAGGAGAGCAGUGGCAUGACGGUGACAGUUCGACAGUUCUUUCCGUGCCACGCCGUCCGGGGCGUGGUCUUCGACGGCCAGCGCGAGUGGCAUCAGCAGCACGUCCACCUUCUUGUGCGUGGCCAGUAUCACAAAUCCACCAUCUUCCCCCACCUUGCUUCCAGUGCUUCGGGGCGGCACUCGGCGACCCCCCCGUUCGCCGCUCCUAGGCAGAUCGCCAGCAUGUCUCAGGCG